AUGCCACCGCGAUCUCUCCUUGUCUUUGCAACUGUACUGUUCGCUCAGUCUACAACUGCUUUCAAUUGUUCGACAAAGCCUAUCUAUGUCGAUAUCCACAAGCGUGCUGUUCACGAUUCGCCCGUUUUUCAGUAUGGGUCUUUCAUCGGAGUCGGUACGGGCGAGACAGCAUCUGCCACAUCAGCGCAAAACCACAGCUUGUGGCCUUCCUUAUCGCAGAACCACGUGUCGUUUGGAGCACUCGGCUAUUGCCAAAAGAGCGCACUCAGGGAUUGUGAUGUAUCAACAGGAGGGUUUUACAGCAAUAACCAGUCUAUGACGUUCAUCGAAUACAAGGACUUCAAAACACUAGAUGCGGACAGUAACAACACACUCGAGGGCUAUUUUGGUCAAGAUACGCUUCGACUCUAUACACAUUUCUUCGAAACGGAUGGCGCAUCCCAGACGCUUCUUCUAAAUUCGACUAUCGAAGUCGCAACAGCAGGAGCUAUCGUUCCCGGAAGAGUAGGCAUGGGGCCAUCCUCGACGCUUCUGCAAGAUCUCGCUGGUCGAGAGAUGAUCGCAGGCAAGACGUACUCGCUGUACAUCGGCCAAGGUUUCGAACGCGCCGGAGGCAAGGUUAACGGAAGCAAUGUCUUCGGCGGCUACGACUCUGGCCGCUUCACCGGAACGCCUCACCAGUAUCCCAUGAACAUCAACAAUGUGAACGCUAUGAGCGUGCGCAUUAAAGACGUUGUCAUAACCGAAACAGGGAGUGGUGUGAACCAGUCUCUAUUCGAUCCUAAAAUGUUUACUGAUAUGAAGUCGCGCCCUGAGACGUUCGAAGCCCAGAUCACCACAGAGCAAUUCCCACUAUCGCUUCCGUACCAGAUCACCCAAAACCUUGUCAAGGCUCUGGCUGCGCAAAAAGACAACUACUGGGGCGACAACUCUUUGAAGCUUACCAAGGACUUCAACGGUACCCUAUCUAUCAUCUUAGAAGACGGCUUCACUAUCACUUUCCCUCCAGAAGUCCUCAGGAACGCUUCAAACGUCACUCCAAUUCAAAAUCGCGACGAGAAAGACGACUCGCCAUUCCUUCUUGGCUCCGCCUUUCUUGGUCAAGUCUAUUUGAUGGCUGACUACGACUCCAACAACUUCUUCCUCGCCGAGGCAGUGCAGAAAAAUAACAUGGUCAUGCCCGUCACUUUCUGCCCUAAAUCAAUACCUGAAGCAUAUGAACGGCCAAAGCAGAACCAGUGGCAAAGCCAAGGUCUGAUUGGAGCUGUGAUUGGAGGCGUUAUCGGCGGCUUGGGCUGCAUUGGUGCGUUGUACUGCUUGUACAUUAGCUGGUUGAGGAGGUCGGAUGCAAGGAGACUGAAGAGAGAUCUGGCAAGGAACUCAGCGGCAAAGAUGGAGCAGAUGGAUGAUGAGUAUGCGCCCAGUUUUGAUGCACCGCCUUCGAAGAGCGUCAAGGAAAAGGCUAUGUUUUGGAAGAAAGGGUAA